AUGAUGGGGGAAUCUUGUGCAAAUCCGAAUAGAGUGAAGCUUCGGGAUGGGAGAUUCUUAGCUUAUAGAGAAGGAGGAGUUCCAAAGGAGGAAGCCAAAUUCAAGAUCAUUCUUGUUCAUGCCUUUGGAAGCUCCAAAUAUAUGUAUUUCCCCGCAUCAAAGGAGCUGAUAGAAGAGCUUGGUGUGUAUUGUAUCUUCUACGACCGUGUCGGAUAUGGAGAAUCGGAUUCAAACGCGAAACAUUCGGUGAAAAGCGAAGUCGAUGACAUGGCAGAACUUGCAGAUCAGCUGGAGAUAGGACCCAAGUUUUACCUAGUUGGAGUUUCCCUUGGAGCUUACCCAAUGUGGGGUUCCUUGAAACACAUACCUCACAGGCUAUCGGGCGUGGCUUUUGUUUCUCCGCCGGUGAAUUAUCUGUGGCCUUCACUUCCUGAGAAGCUUACAAAGAAAGAUUACAGGAGACGUCUUUUAAAAUGGUUUUUGUGGAUUUCGAAAAAUGCACCUGGAUUGAUACAUUUCUGGGUUUUCGAAAACCUCUUCCUAUCAAUUAAGUCGAUCUACUUCAGUAGAUUCCGCAAGCGAACAACUAAUAGUCCCCUGCGUCCUAAGGUCAGCCCUUAG